UAGUAUUAGUAUCCCAACUCCAAACUCCCACACAGCCAAUUUUCGUCUUCAACUUCUGUCCCUCCUUGAGCGAACCCAUCCGCAGGCGCGCUUGUAAAAUACCUUCCCUCUUCUGAAUUCCUGAGCCAGCCAGCGCAUUCAAACUUCGGAAAACGCUGCAAAGGUAUCUUCUUUCUUGACAAAGGGAACCUUUUUUUUUGUUCUGGGGUUUUCUUUCUUCCUGUUCCUGGUAUUGUGAAAGUAUCUAUACCCGAGUUGGUUAGUUCUCCAUUGUUCUCGUAGUUAGAACAGGUUCUGAUUGAACAAAAUUUACUGGGUCUGUUGCACAAUAUUAGCUUCCCUCAUACAGGAAAUGCUCUAGCUCUCGUCUUUUUAGUGACCACUAGCACGUUUUGUGGCUAUAUCUCUGAGAGAAUAGAAUUGAUUCCUUUCCGUUUUUCUUCUUGUUCAACUUGGAAUUGCCAGUUGUCAUCCGAGAAUAGUUAUAAGGGCUGUGUGUUCUGGUGGUCAGAUUUGUUAGCACAGAAUGGCGGUGGAGAAAUUGAAGAUGCCAAGAGUUCAAUUAUUAUAUAUCUGAAGCUUCAAUCAUGGGAAAUCAUAAGCAAACCCUCCAAUGCUUGCACGGAAACUUCCUUGCCAUCUCUUCUUCAACCAGUGUGCUAUUUCAUCGAUCCAUCGUUAUUCAGUUUAUCAGUCAGCUACAGAUUACUUGAGCUCUCAUAUAAACUCCUUUCUCUCCAACCAAACCCCUGCUACUCUGCAGCUGCUUAAGCAAUCCCAUGCUCUCAUUAUCACCACUGGAAAUGCAAGGAAUGUAUUUGUAUCGUCAAAGCUCAUCUCUUUCUAUGCAGCUUUCAACCAAACCCCUUGCUCCAGGCAAGUUUUUGAGCUGGUCAACGAGAAGGACACCUUUCUUUGGAAUUCCAUUAUCCACUCUUACUUCUCGAAUGGUAAUUAUGCUGUGGCAUUUGACUUCUAUAUCCGGAUGCGGUUGCAUAAUGCAUCACCCAGUCAGUUCACUAUUCCCAUGGUUGUUUCCUCCUGUGCUGAGCUUCAGUGGCUGAAGGAGGCAAAAACUGCACAUGGGUUAGUGACAAAGUCUUGCCUUUUCAUGGGAAACUCAGCAGUCUGGUCAUCUUUUGUAUACAUGUAUGCGAAAUGUGGGAUCAUGGAAGAUGCAUCUCUUGUCUUCAAUGAAAUUGCUGAAAGGGAUGUAGUAUCAUGGACUGCUCUUAUAAUCGGUUAUGUGCAGAAUGGUCAGAGCAAAAAGGGUCUAGAGUGUCUCCGUGAGAUGCAUGGGAAUGAUGCUGAUGGAGAGAGAAUGAAUUUUAGGACACUCGAAGGAGGAUUUCAAGCCUGUGGGAAUUUGGGUACUUUGGUCGAAGGAAAGUGUUUGCAUGGUUUUGCAGUCAAAACUGGACUUUGGUGUUCGCAAGUUAUUCAGUCUUCCCUUUUGUCAAUGUAUUGCAAGCUUGGAAGCGUCAAGGAAGCUCUCCAAUCUUUCUCUGAAGUGGGCAAUAAGGACCUAUUCUCAUGGACUUCAAUUAUAGGAAUUCAUGCUAGGCUGGGACUUAUGAAUGACUGCAUGUCCUUGUUUUGGGAUAUGCUAGCUGCUGGCUUCAAUCCAGAUGCGAUUGUUAUGAGUUGCAUGCUUCUGGGGUUCGGUAAUUCAUCGAGUGUGGUUGAAGGAAAAGCUUUUCAUUGUACCAUCACGAGGAGGAACUUUACCCUAGAUCAGAUGGUCACUGAUGCAUUGCUAUCUAUGUACUGCAAGUUGGGACUUAUAAGACCAGCAGAGAAGCUCUUUCAUAGGAUAAACAAACAGAAUAAAGAGUCUUUGAACUCCAUGGUCUGUGGUUAUGCCAAGGUGGGAAGGGAAGACAAGUGCAUGGAACUUUUCAGAGAGAUGCAAAACCUGGGCUUCAAACCAGAUCCCAAUACCUUGGUGUCUGUUAUCUCUGCGUGUUCCCAAAUGGGAGCAACUGCCACCUUUUGCCGCUCCCUCCACUGUUAUAGUAUCAAGAAUUUCAUGGAAGACGGUAACUCGGUUGUCAAUUCGCUAAUCGACAUGUAUGGAAAGGACGGUGAGUUGGCCACUGCGGAGUGCAUUUUUCGUGGGGCUCAUAAAGAUGUUGUCUCAUGGAACACAAUGAUCGGAGUAUACUGUCACCGAACGUGUUUUGUGGAGGCAAUUGCAUUGUUUGAGGAAAUGAUACAGCAAAAUGUUAACCCUAACUCCGCCACAUUUGCAACUGUGCUCUCUGCUUGCUCUCAUCUUGCUGACCUUCAGAAAGGGGAAAAGGUUCACUGUUUGAUUAGGACCUGCGAGCAAAAUGUAUCUGUUGCUACUGCAUUAGUCGACAUGUAUGCCAAAUGCGGUAGACUGGACAAAUCAAGAGAAAUAUUCAACUCUAUGAAAGUCAAAGAUUCCAUUUCAUGGAAUGCUAUGAUCUCGGCGUAUGCAAUGCAUGGAGAUGCUAGAUCUGCAAUUGAGAUAUUCGAGCAAAUGGAGGAGCAGUCCAUAAUCAAGCCAAAUUCUCUAACGUUCCUGUCUCUCCUUUCAGCUUGUGCACACUCGGGCCUUGUUGAGGAAGGGAAGCAUCUAUUUGGGAAAAUGAAACAGCAUUCUGUGAGGUCAAAUCUUAAGCACUAUGCUUGCCUUGUGGAUCUUAUUGGAAGAUCAGGCAGUUUACUUGAGGCUGAAGAGUUAGUUUUGUCAAUGCCCAUUUGUCCCGAUGGUGGCGUCUGGGGUGCUUUGUUAGGCGCUUGUAAGAUUCAUGCCGACAUCAUGACAGGGAUAAGGAUAGCAAAGCAAGCGAUUAAGACAGAUCCAAAAAACGAUGGAUACUAUGUACUAUUGUCUGAUAUGUAUAGCUCCAUUGGAAAGUGGAAGGAGGCGGAACAAGCAAGAGAGAUGAUGAAGGAACAGGGUAUAGAGAAGACUACUGGAUGGAGUUUUGUCUAAACUUUUUGACCAAGAAAGAAGGCCUACUGCAAAAGUUGGCUUGAAUUACAAUUAUCUACUGCAUAGGGUUCCUGAAGCACUUUUCUUCUACACAGUUACAAGAUGGAUGAGGAAAAAGAAUGGCCUAAGAAGAAACAUGGACUAAUUAUCUGAGCUAAAUAUAAGUACUUCGACAAG